AUGAACAUGUCCUACCACGGGAGCCAGUCCCGAGAUACCAUCCUGCAAGUCAUCGAAUGGAGUUUUGAAGCUCUUGGUAAGGGGGAGCACCCCGCGUGCGACCCGUGGGGACGACCUUUUACGUCUUCCUACUGUCCGCAGCGCCGCAAGCUGGCAGGCUGCAAGUUGGCUGGCGGCUUCUUUGGGGUGUUCGACGGGGUCCAAGCGGACCAGGAGUUUUUGAAGAAAACCUUUCAGUUGCAGCGAACCUCGUUCAGCACAUGGUCGAACUAA